UCCUCCUCCUCCUCCCCUUCUUCCCCGUCCAGGCCUCUUUCUCGGAAAGCGAAAGCCUCCCUCCCGCGUCACUGGCCAAACUGCGAGGGGUGCUGCCAUCUUGAGAGGGACGAUCGGGUUGCCUGGACUGAGUCUCAGGAUUGAAAACUUUAUCUGGAUAGUAGAUGGAACUAUCUACUAUCCGGAUAAAGAAUAAAAGGAGCCACUGGAUCUAUGGAAGUUCAUUCUCCAGAAAGUUUCUUGCCCGAUAAAAAACCCAAGGCAAAGACCUUGCAGUCAGGAAGUGAAGGAAGAUACCAGGAACAAAAGUGACGGCCCCUGUCCCCAACGUGGCUUUCCUGUUUAAGACCAAAAGGAACAGUGGCUUGGGAUGACUGUUUAUCGGAUGCCCAUCAGGCUUCUUCAUCAGAUUGAGCAGGAACUUGAUGCAGAAGAAAAGGAAACCAUGGUCUUCUUGUGCCAAGAUCUUGUUCCUAACCUUCCUGGGCUGGAUGUUCAGGGGCUCUUGGUGGCUCUGAAUGAGAGGGAGAUGCUGACUCCUUUCUGCUUGGCUGAACUGCUAUACAGACUGAAGAGGUUUGACUUGCUAAAGAAGAUCCUGGCAGUUGGGAGAACAACCGUGGAAGCUCAUCUGGCCACACAUCCUCCGAUGUUACCAAAGUACAGAGUGUUGAUGGCAGAAAUCAAUGAAGAUAUGGGCAAAGAUGAUUUGCAUUCUCUUGGAUUUCUUCUGAUGAAUGAGCUUGGUGCAUCCAAUGUGAAGAAGGCAAAAGAAAAGAGUUUCUUGACAAUUAUAAAUGACCUUGAGAAGCUAGAUCUGGUGUCACCAAAUCAACUGGAUUUGAUAGAAAAUUGCUUCUUACACAUUCACAGGAAAGACUUGGCAAAAAAAAUCCAGAAGUUCAAACAGGAAGCUCUGGUGCAUCCGCCCAUCUGUGCAAACACCCUGCAGGCAACAUUUCCUAAGCUGUCCCUUGCUGACCCUCAAGUGAACAAAGGAAAGGCGCUCAAUGGAGCCGGUGUGGUUCAAGCUGAACCCAUUCACAUAUCGAUACCAGAAACAGGAGGAUCUGCCAUGCAGGUGAUUAGCAAGUACAAAAUGCAGAGCCAGCCCUUAGGAGUGUGCCUGAUUAUAGAUUGCAUUGGGAAUGAUGGAGGAAUGCUGGCCGACACCUUCAGGACACUGCGUUUUGAAGUUCGUUGCCACCUCUUCCUGAAUGUGGAUUCUAUGAUGUGUAUGUUGAAUGAUGUGGCGACACUCAAAGAGCACAAAGGCUAUGACAUUUUCGUUUGUGUCUUGAUCAGCCGAGGAGACCACCAGGGCAUCUCCUGCACAGACCAUAUGAUUCCUGGGUUCUCCCUAGAGAGGGUGAAGCACUUUUUCGUCGGAGACAGGUGCCCUCACCUCUUAGGGAAGCCAAAGCUCUUUUUUGUCCAGAACUAUGUUGAGGCCAGAAGAUGGCAACACAAUACCAGCCUGGUUGAGGCAGAUGGCAAUAUGUCUACUAUUCCACAAGUAGCAGAUGUCCUUUGGAGCCAGAGUACGCUGGAUGCAUCAGUUUUGGACAGAUUCCCACACUCCUCUUCCUAUUACCUGACAUCUCUAGCAGCCCUCUUGAGAGACCCUCACAAAAGGAACCUGCCUCUGUUGGAUAUUCUCGUGGAGCUGAACAAUAGAGUUUAUGAGAGGAACAGGACUAACCCUGCUGAGCAGUAUUCACUUAUGUUGAAGCACACCCUCAGAAAGAAGCUUUUCCUUUCCAGCAGCUAAACAUACAAACCUGAAAUGAGUGUGACCUGAAACAGCUUGUUUUGUGAAGAAACAUAUUGUGCUUUUUGAAAGCCUUAACUCAACUCAAGUUUCAGACAGAGGCCUUAGGAAUACAACUGAUUAAUAUCUAGCACAUUAUCUUUGCUACUGUUGUAGAUGCUAUGGAUAUACUUUUUUAGUUGCCUCUAAUGAACAUUUAUUGGGUUUCCUUCAAAUAUAUAUGUGCACACACACCACACACACAUCUUUCUAAGUCCUGAGAGGAUGUCAGAUCAAGUGUAGGUCCCGCACAGAUGGGUUCAGCAGACAGAAAGAGAUCUUGGCUACCAUCAGCCCUAUAUUACUGCUGCUUGUUUAGAUAGUGGGCUCUCCGAUAGAAAUGCCGUUAAGAAGAAGGAAAGUAGCAAAAGAGGGACAUCUUUGAGUUCUGACAACAUGAACACAAAGUCUUGCUGUUCACAGGCUUUGAAGGUCUAAGUGCCAGACUUCUCCAUGCUGGUGUCUUCGGGUGCCUUGGAUUAUUACAACACUCAUCAUCCAAGUAGCCACAGUAGCUGAGGUGUUGCAAUGCAGCAUUUCGGAAGGGCAUUAGCUAUGGAAAAAGAUGGUCUGGAUUCUCACCACGCCAGUUGGGAUGGUGUGUGUAUCUUGCCUAGCUCAGUUGCUGAGUUUUAACACCUAAUCCUGAAUUCAUUCCUCCACCACCAUUGGGACUUUCCUAAGGUUUACUGUGUUUUGGAGGAGUAAUUGUUUCAGUGGGUAGCUCAUCUUCCUAUAUCCCUGGGUUCCAAUUGUUUUAGUGAGGAAUUCCACUGAGAGAAAAUACACUCUUUCUUAUAUCCUUCACAUUCAACUUCCUACUAGGCACAGCAGCUGAGUUAUCACAUAACAUACACAGUCAUAGCAUCAAGGCACUACUAUUCUAGCAGGGUCUGUGUUGCCGUGGGUUCAUGACAAUCCAGAUAAGCUAACUUGGGAAUGCAGGCACAUGGCAAGGAAUAGGCUAUAAGUUUUUUGGGAUGAAAAUAGCCACAUAACCGCUUAAUAAUAGCUUGAAAAUAUAAUAAGAUGGGAUCUGUUUUACUGCUGGUGAUUGCUCUUGUGGCAAUUAAAGAGAACUUAUGGACAGUAA